AUGACGAAUAAUGGACAAGAUUCUGCCCCUACUCAAUCGAGUCCGCGAAUUGGGGUAGACUUGAUUGGACUAAUUAGAGAUGCCUUCAUUGCCGAUGGCCAAGUAAACAAUGAUCAUUCUGUCCACGGAGAUUCUACCCAUGAAGAUGGGGAGAAUCUGGGAGAAAACCUUGAAAUGGAUGAUUUAGAUGAAGUUUUAGAGGAGGAUACUCUAGAAGUAGCACAAUUGAUUCAAGAUGCAGAAGAAGAACUCUAUCCUGGGUGCAAAUCUUUCUCAAAACUAUCUUUCUUAUUACAUUUAUAUCAUCUGAAAGUUCUCAAUGGAUGGACAGCAAAGUCUUUUACAAAAUUGCUUGAGCUUUUACUAGAUGCCUUCUCGGAAGGAGUUUCAUUACCCAAGUCGCAUGGUGCAGCCAGAGGUCUUGCUAGAGGUCCAAACCGUGUAAUACGAAGGUUUUCAGGAUACUCAAUCAAGGGUCUUAGGUUCCAUACUAUCUCAAGGGAGAAGGAUCAAUCAACACAAAACAGUGGUGUUGUUAAUGUUACUGAAGUGGGACAAGUGAAUUACUACGGAAAAAUAACGGACAUCAUUGAAUUAAAAUACUACGGUAGUUUUAGGGUCGUCUUGUUUAAAUGCGAUUGGGUUGAUGUUCACCAUCACUUAGGCAUGCAACAAGAUGAGUUUGGUUUUACAUCGGUGAACUUUUCCAGACUUAUCCAUACUGGAUAUAAUCUCAAUGAUGAUCCAUUUAUAUUUUCUUCACAAGUAGAUCAAGUAUUUUAUGUGGAUGAUCCGCUGAAUAUGGGCUGGUCUGUUGUAAUAAGAUUUAGGCCUAGAGACACGUAUGACAUGGGGGAGGAUGACUUGGAGGAUAUGAUAUUGUCUCGACCAAGUGCUUUUGGCAGCUUAGAUGUUGAAGAUUGCCCUACUUGGGUGCGAACUGAUGUGGAAGAGGAGUUCAUUGUGUAG